GAGAGGAGAACGCACUGCGCUUGGUGUGCGGGUGGUGGGGUGCGCUGUGGUCAGUAUGCAGCGGUUGCUCUUUCCGCCCUUGAAGGCCUUGAUGCAGAGCGGUUGUGUCCGGCUCCUGGUUCCCAAGGUGGCGCCUAGAGCACAGUAUGAUUGCAGCUGUGGCAUCCGGCGUCCUCUGAGGCCAGGGCAAUACAGCACUGUCACUGAAGUGAGCUUGCAAUCUGGAAGGGGUACAGUGUCUCUUCCCUCAAACGCUGCUGAGCGCACAGUGGGCCGAUGGCUACUGGUGUGCAGUGGAAUGGUGGCUGGAGCAGUUAUUCUUGGUGGAGUAACUAGGUUGACAGAAUCUGGCCUCUCUAUGGUAGACUGGCAUUUAAUAAAGGAGAUGAAGCCACCCACAAGUCAAGAGGAAUGGGAAGCAGAAUUCCAAAAAUACCAACAAUUUCCAGAAUUUAAAAUCUUGAAUCAUGAUAUGACGCUGACAGAAUUCAAAUUCAUCUGGUACAUGGAGUACUCACACCGAAUGUGGGGUCGCAUGGUAGGCCUUGCAUACAUCCUGCCUGCUGCCUACUUUUGGAGAAAGGGCUGGCUCAGCCAUGGCAUGAAAGGACGUGUUCUUGCCCUCUGUGGCUUAGUCUGCUUCCAGGGUCUGUUGGGGUGGUAUAUGGUGAAAAGUGGAUUAGAAGAAAAGCCAGACUCCUAUGACAUCCCUCGGGUCAGUCAGUACCGCCUUGCUGCCCAUCUGGGAUCAGCCCUGGUGCUUUAUUGUGCCAGCCUGUGGACCUCGCUCUCACUGCUGCUCCCUCAGCACAAGUUGCCUGAAACCCGCCAACUCCUGUGGUUGAGACGAUUUGCUGGUGGAACAGCAGGUCUGCUAUUCCUUACGGCUCUCUCAGGGGCUUUUGUGGCAGGGCUGGAUGCUGGGCUUGUUUACAACUCCUUCCCCAAAAUGGGAGAAUCCUGGAUCCCGGAGGACCUCUUUACCUUCUCCCCCAUCCUGACAAAUGUUUUUGAGAAUCCCACCAUGGUGCAGUUUGACCACCGUGUUCUGGGAAUCACUUCAGUCACUGCCAUUACAGUGCUCUACUUCCUCUCCCGGAGAAUCCCUCUUCCUGGAAGGACCAAGAUGGCAGCAGUGACUCUGCUGGCUUUGGCAUAUACACAGGCAGCCUUGGGCAUUAGCACUCUGCUGAUGUAUGUUCCAACUCCUUUGGCUGCCACUCACCAGUCAGGUUCCUUGGCUCUGCUCAGUGGUGCCCUUUGGCUCAUGACUGAACUCCGAAGAGUCCCAAAAUAAUUCUCAGAGGAUCAGCUUCCCGGUAUUGAAACUACUUUGAGAACUCAUCAGAGAGCAUAAGAACUUGACCUUUUCUUCAGAGAUGACCUUGGCAUGCAAGUUGUUUCCAAAUGGGACAAGUUAUUUAAAUCUCUGCCUGUUUUGAAACAGUCACUGGAUUGAGAAUAUCAUUAAGAAUGGUUUCACCAGAGUUUCUUUUCUAAAUCUACUUUUCAUGUUGAAAGUUGGGUUUAAUGUAUAGAAAAAGUCUGCCAUUUGCUGCUUCCAAAUGGUAUCUGUCUUGGUUGUCUCAAUAAUACUAAGGUCUUGGUUAUACAUGCAUGACUUCUGUGUCCUUGGGCUCCUGAGUCCUGUCCAUUGGGAUUAGGCUGGUGGAAUUCAAAAGCAGGUGUCCCAGCUAAGGAGCUAAACUAGCCAAUAGUGCAAAUGAAUGCAGGUCUGUUGCUAAAGCCAGGGUUGUCAGAUCUUCUGGGUAUUUCUUAAAGAAGUUAAGUAUCUAGAUCUUAAAGUGACUACUCUUAAUUAACUACUGGCAACUAAUUUAAAGGUUUUUUUUUCAAUGCUACACAGGCUUAACAUGUCUGGGAGGCAAUUGUGACCUGAGAUGUUGCCCAUUUGCAGAUUUUAAACUAGAUAGUUUUAGUCCCCUUUCAACUCCAAUAUUCUGUGAGUUUCAGUGUGACAUGUACUGUACCAUCAUCAGAUGUUCUUCACAAAACAAAGGUAGACAGUUGUCUCUAAUUCUGCAAAGAUCCCAGACCCUGAUGGGCUGGGGUCUAGAAGUGUUUCCCAACUUCUGUCAUAUUAGAAUCUUAACUCUCAGAGCCCAAGACCAAUUAAAUCACAACCUCUGGGAGCAGUAGUAAGCUAGUUUUUAAGUUGUCCAGUGGGAUCAGGCUGGUGGAGACUCAAGAGCAGGUGCCCCAGCUAAGGGGCUAAACCAAUCGAUAAUGCAACUGAGUGCUGAUCUAUUCCAAUGUGCAUACAAGUUUAGAGACAACUGAGAUAGGUCCUCAUAGCCUUAGAAACUUCUGAUCGAGCUUAUUCCCAUUCCUUCCGAAUUUCUACCACCCCUCCCUAUCUCAUUUAAUUUGUUGUGUUGAUCCUGUUUGUAUGCAUACAGGGUAUCACCUCCUUUAGACAGCAGAAUUCUUUAAAGAAAAGGUACUGCAGUCACUGGACAAGUUCCCACACCAUCAUCUCCAGAUCCCCCAAACCCAGGUUGUCUUUAUUUAAUAACAGACAGCAGAGAAUAAUGUGAUCCAACCCAGAGAACCAUAUGCUAACACAGCUCCUUCUGAGAAAAUGGGAACUCAGAAAUAAGUUCAAGUUUCAGAUGUUUUAUUUCAUUUUUCUUUUAUUACAGUUGAUGAAUAAGUUUGACAAAACAGAUUUUGUAUUUGUGUAUAUAACUGCAUUAUGCUAUCUAUGAGCUCCUGGGGAACAGAGAUCAUCUUAACUAUUUUUGUUUUUGUGUUAUUCUCAGCGCCACCAGACACAUACCAAAUAUUGAAUGAAGGGACGCACAAAUGGAAAAUGGAUGAUUACUGAUUGAGGCCCAAAUGCCUCUUAAGAAAAGUCAUCACAUUCCUAAAGAAUUAAAUGAAUUUCCCUUAAUAUUUUCAAAGAUCUCUCAACAGUUCUGUCAGUUGUUUUUAAACAUGGAAUUAAAACAUGUAUUUUAAUCAGUCAGCCCAGAAAUUUUGAUCUUUAACCUACAUUGACAUACUCUGUCAGGAAUAAUGAUUAACAACUGCCUAAAGUGAUGUUGGCCACAGACACCCAACACUGAUGAUCAAGAUCUUCAAAUAGCCAAUGGGCUGCAGCUCUCGUUUCUGGUCCUGGGAUGAAUGGUGCAUAGUA